AUGGAAGACAAUCAUCCGAGCAAACGUCGUCGCCUGAACGCAGCAGCCGCUCUCUCGAGGCCGUUCAAGUCCCCACUGCGCAAACCUGAGCCCAUCGUAGAUGCGUGUCAAACGUCACCCCGCACACCAGAUACCAGCGGGAUCGCGCAAAACGAGAACUGUGCGCCGGAAUCGCUCACUCCAAAGCCUGAAUUUGCUAUGUCAUCACAGAUUUCAUCACGGGCCACGAGCACAAUAAGACCUUCGAAUCGCUCUGCACUUUCCACGCCAAUGCAGUCGCCUCUUGCAGAAUCCGAGCUUCUACGCUUACAGAAACAGGAGCGCGCUCUACAGUCUCGACUCGCAGCCCUACGUGAAGAGCUCAACGUCGCAAAACAAGCACUCCGCAUUGAGUCCUCAAAUAAAGAUGCUGAGCUUCAGGGGCUGAUCACGAAGUGGCGUCAUGCCAGCCAGGAGGCCGCCGACGAAGUUUUUACUGGCGCCCAGGAACGGGUCACUAAAAUGGGUGGCCUGGCAGCGUGGCAAGAGCGCUCGAAGCGUGAUACAUUUCAGUGGGAUCUUGAAUACAAAGAGAAAGAACAAGUGGACGAAUAUGGAGCUGAGAAUCGGGAUUUGGGAGAUGUCGUUGCGGACGAGAAGAUUGGCUCCAACAGGCAGGAGGAAGGGCUUAAUGAAGAGGAAUUUACGGUGGACUUCAUGUUGAAAACGCUGAAUAUUGAUCUCAAAAUAAUCGGCUAUGACUCAGGGCUGGGCAGGUGGAUCCGGGAUUGA